AUGCACUCGUUGGUCCAACCUCAUGCUUUGGUAGCUCUUAAGCUUCCUUCUGGAAACCUUCGGGUUCUUGAAGUUACCCCCAAUACGACAAUCUCCUUAGGGAAGUAUGGCUCAUUCCCAAGUAAUCUCAUAAUUCACCGGCCAUACCACUUGACCUAUGAAUUACAAGAUAAGCAACCGGGAGAGAGUUUCAAUCGCUUGCGUAUCGUGCCAGCCUCUGAGCUGUAUAGCGAUAUACUAUCUUCUGAUGCAUCGGCCAGUGCCCUGGAAGAAGAAACUCCCAUAACCAACGAAGGUGAUGAUGCGGAGAAUGCUACUUCAACUGGAAUCGAGUACUCGCUCGUUGAUCCUGAAUCUGGUGCUGUUGUAGCUCGAACCGAUCGCGUAGAAAUCGAUACCUCAGCCCGCCAAACUCUAACGACAGAGAAGAUAGAAGCCUUGAAGAAAGAUGGCACAGAUGCUGGAAGAGAUAUAAUAGCCAAGUUAUUGUUAUCGCAUACGGCGAUCGACCAGAAGACGCAGUAUUCUUUAGCCAAAUAUAAAUUGCUUAAGACGAAAAAGUAUAUUCGAAGGUUCUCUGUCCUCCCUAUGGAUGUGCCCAUGCUCGCUCAUUGGCAAUUGGAGGUAAAGGAUCCAAGCAAGAUACUGGAUAUGAGAGAUGAAAUGAUAGCGUUAUUAGGCUGCUGGGCCAACGUGCAUUUUGGUGGAGAGGACCAAUGCGAUAUUGAAGAAGUCGGCGAUCGCGAGGGAAAGGGUUUCGAAUCUACACCUGGACGAUGGCUUGUUGUGGACGACACUGGCGGUCUUCUAGUAGCAGCUAUGGCGGAGAGGAUGGGUAUCCUUUAUUCGCCUGAAAAUAAAGUUGCAGAGGACAACCAGGAACCAACAUCAUCCAGUGCAUAUCAAAAGGAAUAUUCGCAUAACCAAAAAGUCAUAACAAAUAAAGAAGACCCCCCUUCUGGAACGAGCAACGAACCUAGUGGCUCCACCAUGGAAUCAACAGCCCAGGACCAUGAUUCCACAGAGCCGAAGUCCCCUCAGAAUACAAGAAUAUCGCAUGGAGAUGGGAAAUCGCGGUGUAACGACCUAAAAGUACCAUAUGCGGGUGCCAACACGCUCACCGUUAUUCAUGCCAACCAACAACCGAACCUGACUUUUCUCCGCGAAUAUGGUUUCGAUGCUACGAAUCCCGCACAGCCAUCUGACCACCCCUUGGCCUCUCACUUGAUGUCCAUAUCCUGGUUGCAACUCAUCAAGCCAGAAUCAGAUCCCACAUACAACUCGAAGAUGCCUAGCGUGUCACCUGAGGCGCUCCGCUCGUGGAAAGCUAAUCGUCGGGGCACAUACCACCGCAAGCGGCGUCGUUGGGCUAAGAUUCGUCACGUUGUGGAUACUACGCGAAAGGGCGAGUUCUCUGGGCUGGUAGUUGCUAGCACGAUGGACCCUAUAUCUAUUAUGCGCUAUGCGGUGCCGCUUCUUGCUGGUGGCGCACCUAUCGCUAUUUACUCGCAGACUAUCGAACCUCUAACAGCGCUAGCUGACUGUUAUAGCAUAGCACGUCGCGCGGCUUGGGUAUCAAAUCCGCCAGAAGAGGCGGUGGGUAAAACCCACCAAGAACUGGAGCAGUGGCCCGGUAACGAGGAAUUCCCGUUAAACCCAUCCCUUGUGCUUGGAGCCGCUUUGCAAACAAGCCGUGUUAGGAAAUGGCAGGUCCUUCCUGGACGGACACACCCCCUGAUGACAAGUAGGGGCGGAGCGGAAGGAUACGUAUUCACAGCAUGGAGAGUCAAGCCAGCAGAAGGCAAGAUAGAAGCCAGAGGGAAAGCCCGUACCAGGAAACGGAAGCUUGAAGGACCGAUACAGGAAGAAACUUCCAAGUAA